AAACAUGGCGGCGCCCUGCUCAGCUUCUCCCCGCCGGGGCCGCAGGGCCACGCCAGCCUUGCCAGUACUCGGGGACUUCCUCCGCGAGCCGGCUUCCUGCACGGCUGGCAUUAAAACAGGCGCCUCGGGCUGCGGGCUGCGGCUGCAGAUGCUGAUCUGUCCGCUGGCUGGGGAGCGCCCCCUCCGCCCCUGAGCCUCCCAGGCGGGCGGGCGCAGAGCCAAAGCAUCCCUAAACUGCACCCGAGCCAAAGCGGGAGAGAGCUGGGGGAGACCGGGGACCCCGGCAUCUGACAUUUUAAUUGCAGGUUUGACUUUUUCCCCAAGAUCGCAGCCCUCCCGCCCAGCCCAGAUAUUUUAUCUCCCUUCGGCCUUGGUUGCUGGAUGAAGCCGGGCCUGGGCUUGGUCCCAGGAGCAGGGGAAGAGCGCGUUCGCGGCCCCGCGCAGUCGCCCCAGGGAGCCCCGAGCCCUGCGCCCCGGCCAUGGUGUGGCUGAGCCCCGCGCUCCGGUGAGGCGGCGGCGCAGCUGGGAGCCCGGCGGACCCGCCCUGCAGGACGCCUUCCCCAAGGAACGGGGUUCGCCGGACUCCGCGCCCUCCUGCUGGGACUGCGCACCGGGCUCGAGAGGGCGAGCGGUGGCCGCGAUGUUCAGCUGGCUGCGUUCCGAUGACCGCCGCAGGAAGGACCCCGAGGUCUUCCAGACGGUGAGCGAGGGUCUCAAGAAACUCUACAGGACCAAGCUGCUGCCCCUGGAAGAGCACUACCGCUUCCACGAGUUUCACUCCCCCGCCCUGGAGGAUGCUGAUUUCGACAACAAGCCCAUGGUCCUGCUGGUGGGCCAGUACUCCACCGGGAAGACCACCUUCAUCAGGUACCUGCUGGAACAGGAUUUCCCAGGCAUGAGGAUUGGGCCCGAGCCGACCACGGACUCCUUCAUUGCGGUGAUGCAGGGAGAGAUGGAGGGCAUUAUCCCCGGGAAUGCCCUGGUGGUGGAUCCUAAGAAACCUUUCAGGAAACUGAACGCCUUUGGCAAUGCCUUCUUGAACAGGUUCGUGUGCGCUCAGCUGCCCAACCCCGUGCUGGAGAGCAUCAGCGUCAUCGACACGCCGGGCAUCCUCUCCGGGGAGAAGCAGAGGAUCAGCCGGGGGUACGACUUUGCGGCAGUCCUCGAGUGGUUCGCCGAGCGGGUCGAUCGCAUCAUCCUGCUCUUCGACGCCCACAAGCUGGACAUCUCUGAUGAGUUCUCAGAAGUCAUCAAGGCCCUCAAGAACCACGAGGACAAGAUGCGGGUGGUGCUGAACAAGGCGGACCAGAUUGAGACGCAGCAGCUGAUGCGGGUGUACGGGGCCCUCAUGUGGUCCCUGGGGAAGAUCGUGAACACCCCGGAGGUGAUCCGGGUCUACAUCGGCUCCUUCUGGUCCCGCCCCCUUCUCAUCCCAGACAACCGGAAGCUCUUUGAGGCCGAGGAGCAGGACCUGUUCAGAGACAUCCAGAGUCUGCCGCGAAACGCUGCCCUGCGCAAGCUGAACGACCUCAUCAAGAGGGCCAGGCUGGCCAAGGUUCACGCCUACAUCAUCAGCUCUCUGAAGAAAGAGAUGCCCUCGAUGUUCGGGAAGGACAACAAGAAGAAGGAGCUGGUGAACAGCCUGGCCGAGACUUAUGGCCAGAUCGAGCGGGAGCACCAGAUCUCACCUGGCGACUUUCCCAACCUAAAGAGGAUGCAGGACCAGCUGCAGGCCCAGGACUUCAGCAAAUUCCAGCCACUGAAAAGCAAGCUGCUGGAGGUGGUGGAUGACAUGCUGGCCCAUGACAUUGCCCAGCUCAUGGUGCUGGUGCGCCAGGAGGAGACACAGCGGCCCGCCCAGACAGUGAAGGGCGGAGCAUUUGAGGGCACCCUGCACGGCCCCUUCGGGCACGGCUACGGGGAGGGGGCUGGGGAGGGCAUCGAUGAUGCUCAGUGGGUGGUGGCCAGGGACAAACCCAUGUACGAUGAGAUUUUCUUCACCCUGUCACCGGUGGAUGGCAAGAUCACGGGCGCCAAUGCCAAGAAGGAGAUGGUGCGCUCCAAGCUGCCCAACAGCGUGCUGGGCAAGAUCUGGAAGCUGGCCGACAUCGACAAGGAUGGCAUGUUGGAUGACGAGGAGUUCGCACUGGCCAACCACCUCAUCAAGGUCAAGCUGGAGGGGCAUGAGCUGCCCAACGAGCUGCCUGCCCACCUCAUACCCCCAUCCAAGAGGAAAGCCACUGAGUGAUGGGAGGCGGAGAGGUCCAGAGCAGGCAGGUGUUAGAGGAGAUGGGAGGGGCGAUCACACACACACACACACACACACACACACACACACGCACACACACACACACACAGAUGUUGGGAACAGCACUGCGGAUAAGAGGGGACAGUGAUCCCUAGGUUUCCAGGUGGAUCUUUGCGUAGACAACAUCUCCAAGUUCUCAGCGUUGGCUGAGGCACAGGAGCACUCCCAGGGUCCCAGGUGUCAAGCCUAGGUCUCCAUCCCUCUU